GAAGCAGAUGAAUGUUAGCAUUCUCACAAUGUCAUCAACUGUUGGGUAAUGUCUUCCCUUUAGUAUUACAGCAGACACUUGGUGAAUGGCAUGUUUGAUGAAUUCAUUCUCUCCUGUUUGUUGACUGAAUGCUGUUUGUGAUCAAUGUCUUAUCUGAACACAGUCUGAAGAAAGCUUUAAAUGUUCGACUAACCUUUCAGAAGUUCUUUAAUGAAAUGUUACAUGAUGAAGUUAUGUUGUAAAAUGUUAAAAUAUUUAAUUUUCAGAGACAGGAGGAUCAUGAUAAACUCUACACAGGUUUCAUAUUUCAUACUUUCUGCCUAUUUUGACACCGGAGAUUUUAAAUACUUUUAUUUCUUGCUGAUUUUGUCUUUAUAUGUCUUCAUAGUGUGUGCCAAUGUGUUGUUGAUUGUGGUUAUCUGUGUGAACAGGAGCUUACAUGAACCUAUGUACCUUUUUCUGGUCAGCCUGUUUGUAAAUGAACUGUAUGGUAGUACAGGGUUGUUUCCAUUCCUUCUGGUUCAGAUCCUCUCGGACAUUCACACUGUUUCUGCUCCCUUCUGUUUCCUGCAGAUUUUCUGUGUGUAUACUUAUGGAAUCAGUGAAUUUUGGACAUUAGCCAUAAUGUCCUAUGACAGAUAUCUUGCUAUCUGUUUUCCUCUACAAUAUCACACUCAUAUGACAUCUAAAAAGGUUGCAGUGCUUAUUACUCUAACAUGGUUGAACCCAAUACUUGUCACUACUUUGUUAGUAUUUGUUUUGACUGUUCCUUUAGAGCUGUGUGGAAACAUCAUUAACAAAGUGUACUGUGACAACUAUAAUGUUGUCAAGCUGGCCUGCUCUGAUACAACAGCAAAUAACAUUUUUGGACUUGUUAAUAUAUUUACAGUAAUCUUUGGUCUUAUAAUCUUGAUUCUUUUCUCCUACAUGAGGAUCCUUAAAGUGUGUUUUUCUGGUUCUAGACAGACCAGACAGAAAGCUCUCAGUACCUGCACACCUCACCUUUUGUCCCUGCUCAAUUUUUCCUUUGGAGCUUUCUUUGAAUUAAUACAGAGCAGGUUUAAUAUGAACUAUUUACCCAAUAUGUUGCGUAUUUUUCUGUCAUUGUACUGGCUUACAUGCCAACCACUCAUCAACCCUUUACUGUACGGACUGAAAAUGUCCAAAAUACGCAUUGUAUGUAGAGAUCUGCUCUUUGGGGGGAAAAGGUAA